UAUAAAAAUAAAAUAAAUCAAAAAAAUAUUUAUUUUUUAAGCUAUUGUUACUAUAAUCAAAAAUUAAUAAAAUGUGACGCUGUCAUUCGUAACAACAGUAUAUGUCGGCCAUUUUGCAGGUUUUACGGCGACUGUAACACGUGUUCUGUUGCCAAAAAUGGCAGUUGCGAAGAAACCCGUGGCUAAGAAAGCCCAACUUAACCAAAAGAGUGGUAAAAAAGGCGUCAAGGGUAGCAAAAUCCGCGGCAAGGGACAGAGAAGGAAAAUCAGUCUUAAGUUUGCCAUUGACUGCACGCACCCUGCCGAAGACAGCAUCUUGGAAGUAGCCAACUUCGAGAAGUACCUCAAAGAACGUGUUAAGGUUGAGGGAAAAACAAAUAACCUAGGCAAUCACGUUGUCAUCGCGAGGGAUAAGACAAAAAUUAUCAUCAAUGCAGACAUUCCCUUCUCCAAGAGGUACCUGAAAUACUUGACAAAACGUUACCUCAAGAAGAACAACCUCCGUGACUGGUUGCGAGUGGUUGCUUCGGCUCAUGAUUCCUACGAGCUCCGUUACUUCAACAUCAACGCUGACAGUGACAAUGAAGACAAUGAGGAUUAACCUGGUGUUAAUAAAAUAGUUUUACACUAAAA